UCCAACGAGCUGGCGGGGGCGAAAGAUGGCGACGCCCGUCGGGUGGUCGCAGGGGGGGUCAGGAUCGGUGUGUCUCGCCUUCGAUCAACUGCGGGACGUGAUUGAGUCUCAGGAGGAACUGAUCCACCAGCUGAGGAACGUGAUGGUUCUCCAGGAUGAAAAUUUUGUCAGUAAAGAAGAGUUCCAGGCAGUGGAGAAAAAGCUGGUGGAAGAGAAAGCUGCCCAUGCCAAGACCAAGGUUCUCCUGGCCAAGGAGGAGGAGAAGUUGCAGUUUGCCCUCGGAGAGGUAGAGGUGCUAUCUAAACAGCUGGAGAAAGAGAAGCUGGCCUUUGAAAAGGCGCUUUCCAGUGUCAAGAGCAGAGCCCUGCAGGAGUCCAGCAAGAAGGACCAGCUCAUCACCAAAUGCAAUGAACUUCACAAGCAAUCAGUUUGGAUUCGCUGGAUGACCUGGGGAAGGAGGCUCGAUAGUUCUGGUCCUGUGACCCAGCAAGCCCAUGUUUUUCAUUCUUUUCAUUCACCCGUGUCUCUCUUCAACGUGUGCCUUGACUUUUUACCACAUCUUCUCUUCUGAAACCUUAACUGCUUCAGAAUUUCUGCAUUUUCAGAGUUUAUGUUCUAGUUAAUCUUUGUCCAGCCUUUAAAAGCAGUAGGAUUUUCCUGUGAGGAUCAGAAUUUUCCAGGGCUCCCUAAGGGACAUUACAUAAACAGAGCAACCCCAGAUCCCUACAGCCUCAUUGGAUUUUAACCCAAGACACAAAACUCACCCUUGCAUCUAAUGAGCACUUAAUCUGGGGGUAAGUUUUGCCACCACUGUCUUCCUGGGUCCUCCGUACCCACCUGUGGAAUAGCGAUCCUGUCUUCUCCCCUGAAGCCCUAACACAGGGCUGGACAUCCAGCUGGCCCUCAGUAGGUCCGAUUGGAUUGAGGUGACUGAACUAGGUCAUGUUUCUAAGACCUAAACCCCCAGGGGACAUCCUAUUCAUUCCUUCCACAAAUAAAUGUAUUGUGCAUCUACCAUGUGCCAGGUACUAUUUUAGGCCUUAGGGUUAAAGCCGUGAAUAAAACAAAAAUCCUUGUCCUUGUGGACUUUAUAUCCUAGUUGAAAAGACAAAUGAGCAAAACAUAUGGUCGGUGAAAUAUACGUGCUAAGAAGGAAAAUAAAGCCGGAAAAAGGGGUAGGAAGAAUUGGGAAGUAUUGUAAUUUUAGACUCGGAAGGUGGAUAUGGGCAAAGAGCUGCAGGAGUUGAGGGCAGGACUGACCAUCUCUCUCCAAGGGCCUUUGCAUGCCCUCAUGUGGGCCACCUGGUCCACAAUAGAGUUGUGAAGUCACUGACACAUUCACCCAGAUGUUGUCCCCCCCACCCCCCCAGCGCAUCAGGACUCCAUAAUAAACUCAUUCUUACGAAGAUAUUAGCAACUACUCUUGGACAACCCCUGGGUGGGGGGAGCCAAGUUCUGAAAAGAUCCAUGAGGGAAUGCCUUAUCUUAGGAAGGAGCCCAUGGGAUGGGAACCACUCCUCCUCCCUGCCU